GUUAUAAAAUAUGUCUUCAUAAAUGUUACUGCCUCGCUGUUAACAUUACACUGUUGUUCGUGAUAUCAUUUAAUUUCGCAGCUGUUGCACCGGGAAAUAGCACGCAUCUUGAGGGCGUUUAUACAAAAAUUGACCAGGAUCACACGCUAUAUAAUAACAUACGAUACCUAAGAAGCACCUCCUUCGCCAGUAGGUCCUAACGCGCGGACAUGGCAUCGACAGAUGGGCGCCGCGACAAGUCUUCUGGCAGCGGCCGGCAACAAAACCCUCAAGAAGGCCGACCGCUACAACUUGUGACUCACGAUGCAUCAACGGGGCAGUUUUCCCUUGGCGAGGAGGCGAUUUCGGUCCUAAAAUGCAUCAAAGCUCCGCUUGCCGUCGUUGCGGUGUGCGGACGGGCUAGGACUGGUAAAAGCUACAUCCUUAACCAGCUGCUCGGUACAGCUGGGGCCGGAUUCGAAGUCGCAAGUUCGUACAAACCCUGCACUAAAGGCCUGUGGAUGUGGUCCCACCCUAUUCGCCGCACCGCCCUAGACGGCAGCAACUAUUACCUGGUGCUCGUGGACACGGAGGGCAUCGACGCAUACAACCAGACGACCCAGGACGGCGUGUCGCUGUUUAGUCUGGCGGUGCUGCUGUCCUCGCUCUUCGUGUUCAACCAGAUGGGCGGUAUCGACGAGGCGGCUCUGGACCGGCUGGCGCUGGUGACGGAGCUCACUCGCCGCAUCCGGGUGCGCACCAGCGGCGGGAGGACACCCACCUCCUCCUCGGGAGGCGCGGAGCCGGGGACGUCAUCAGGAGGGGCGGCAGGCGGCGGCGGAGGGGGCGGCAGCGGAGGGAAGAAGGGACAGGCGGCAGCGGCAGCGGCGCCUGAACCCCUGGAGGACAUCUCCGCGCUGUCCGAGUUCACGCCCUCCUUCAUGUGGCUGCUGCGGGACUUCUACUACGACCUGCAGGACAACGGAGUCAAGCAAUCCGCCCGGGACUACCUGGAGACGGCGCUCAUGCCCACACCGGGCAAGGGGCCCGCAGUGGAGGCCAAGAACGCGAUCCGCGAGUCCAUCAAGUCGCUGUUCCCCGACCGCGACUGUGUGACGCUGGUGCGGCCGGUGACGGAGGAGGAGGCGCUUCGCAACCUGGAGUCGCUGCCGCAUGAGCAGCUGAGACCCGAGUUUGUGCAGGGUGUAGCCCGGCUGACCGCCACCAUCCACGCGCGCGCGCAGCCCAAGCGGCUAGGCACGCAGCUGCUGACGGGACCGCUGCUGGCGGGCAUGGCAGCUGCCUACGUCAAGGCGAUAAACCAGGGGGCGGUGCCCACCAUCUCGACCGCAUGGCAUAAUGUUGCCGAGUCGGAGUGCCGCGCUGCCUGCUACGCCGCCGAGGACGCCUACCGGGCCGCCUUCAACCCCAACACGCCGGCGGACGAGCAAGCGCUGGCGGAGGAGCACCAGCGCGCCCUGGCGGCCGCCACCUCGGCCUUCAAGGAGCGGGCGGUGGGCGACCCGGCGCUGCAGGCCCGCUACAAGCAGCGCUUCGUGGCCGCAUGCAACAUGGCGUUCGAGGCGCUGCGGGAGCGGCGGUUGGCGGCGGCAGCAGAGACACUGGAGCGGCUGCUGGGGGAGCUGGCGGGCAAGCUGCAUGCGGACACCCGGCUGCGCGAGCUGGACUACCGGGAGGUGGCUGCCAGCGUGGAGGCGGGCGUGUCGGGGGUGGUGGCGGCCACGGUGGGGGCAGCCAGGUGGCCGCGACUGCUCGCAUUCUGCCACGCGCAGUACGCGGCGCUGGGCGGCGAGCUGUUUGAGCGGCAGACGGCGGCGGCGGCGUUCGAGGCGCAGCGGGUGCAGCUGGCGGCGCAGACGAGUGCGGCGGAGAUGGAGAGGCUGAGGGCGGAAAACGCGGCGCUCAAGGCCCAACUGGACGCCGCCAACAAGCGGGCCGAGGAGGCCGCUGCGGCGCGGGAUGCGGCCCUCAGCAGCGCCCGCAGCGGUGCAGGCGGCAAGGGGAGCUGGGACUCGGAGUUUGACACCAAGCCGCGCGGCUGCUUGGGAUGCUAGUGAGCUACGGUAGUCCGCUUUGUGAUGACAGGGUGGGGGUGGGGGGGCAGGAGGUGAUGCGUGGAGCGGCAUGUGUUUUUGUGGGAUUGUGGCAGGCUGAGGCGCAAAAAGUCCUUUAACUGUACUGGUUGGGUCGUCCCGGGAUGCAGCGCGCGUUACUAAGCUGUGUUGUGGGAAGGCAUAUUAGGACACUCGUGCAGAGAUGAACCUCCUCCGAACGGCAUGCGUAUAUGGCCUAAUGGUAUAUGGCCUAAUACAUCUUUUGGUAAAAUGUUACCAGUUCCAGUUGACACCUUGACGACAGGCGUACGGCAGUCGUCUGACAUGGCUGCAUGGUCAACAUGUGGACAGCAGCACAGGUGGGUCUCCUGGCGGAGCCGUACUGCGCAACCGCCGCCGCCCUGCUGCUCAACGUUGGACCGCUUACACCUGCCGUACACCGGUAACAACAG